GCACACUAUUCCGCGUCGUACGUUUCUAUUCGGCUGUGCUUGGCGACCAGUUGUUAAAGCGCCAUGGGCAAAGGAACAAAGUGGUCGUCGGCCGAGGACGUUCAACUGGCUCGGUCGUGGGUCCACGUCACCGAAGACGACUCUGUCAAGGGCGAAGACGCGUCGAACGACACUUUUUGGGCCAAUGUACACGCGCAUUGGACUGCAGGAGGCUCCAGCGCGCGCACGCAGCAAGCCAUCAAGAACCGCUGGAGCAUCCUCAACCGGCUAUCGCACAAGUUUGCCGACUGCGUCGACCAAGUGCAAAGUCGCUGCGCCGAGCGCAAGACCGACGACGAGUGCAUCCAGGACGCGCACGCGUUGCACGUGUCGCUCGAGCACGAGGCGUUCCUGUACGAAAAGACGUGGCAGGCGCUGCGUGGAUGCCGGAAAUGGCGCUACGGCAAGGCAAGUCACAGCAAGCUCCCAUCCGGACAAGAGAGCAGUGACGCGAAUCGUGAGCAAGCCGACGCAAACAACGAGCGAGACGACGACGAAAGCAGCGACGAUCAAGAGGACGUAGCAACCGAGAUGCCCAAGCGAGACAAGCGCAAGGCGGACACUGAGCCGUCCUUAAUGCGCGCCGUGGAGAACCUCGCUCGUGCGCACAAUGUGCAUAACGAUCUUUUCGCCGACUACAUGCUGCUCCAAUUGGCGCUUCAGACGCACACCGUCGAAGACGCCAACAUUUUGGGGCAGCUCAAGGCCAAGUAUGUCAAGCGUUUCCGCAAUGCAUCAAGUUCAGAGUCUAGCGAUAAUGUCAACAUCUAGUCGAUUCAGCGUACUGGUCCCUCGAUGGCGCCUUC